CACAGAAGCAGAAGAAAACAGAAUGAGAAAGAAACAGAGUGAAUGAAUGAAGGGAGAGGACGAAGAGGUUGUCCUUUACAGACUGUAGUUACUCGCCCCCACCAACCAACACUCUCCACCUCACACCCUUCCAUUUCCAUUCUCUUUUAUAUAAAAAUACUUAUAAUAUCGCAACACUUUAACACCCAAACCCUACUCUCUCUCUCUCUCUCUCUCUCUCCAUCCAAAUCCAAUGUUAACGUCAAUCUUAACCUCUUACUCUUCUUCCUAGGGUUCCUUCUUCCCCUUUCUCUCUCUCUCUCUCUGUAGAGUGUAGAUGAAUAAUAAUUAAGGUGUCUCUGUCUCUGUUUCUGUUUCUGUUUCUGUUUCCAUCCACAUUGACUCCGAUGAAUUCCAAACCCAACUGCUUCUUCUUCUUCCUCUCUGUCUCGCUUCUUCUCUUAAGUUCUCCUUCUGAACCCUCCUCACCGGAGCUCCGAUCUCUACUCGAAUUCAAGAAGGGGAUAACCCUAGAUCCUCUCAAGCUUCUAGAAUCAUGGAACCCUUCUUCACUUCCAGGCUCCACCGUCGCCUGUCCACGCUCCUGGAGGGGCGUUCUCUGCGACGACGUCACCGGAAACGUCACCGGCAUCGUCCUCGACCGCCUCCGCCUCGGCGGUGAACUCAAGUUCCACACUCUCCUCGACCUCAAGAUGCUCAAAAACCUAAGCCUCUCCGGCAACGACUUCACCGGCCGGUUACCCCCUUCUCUCGGCUCACUCAGCUCGCUCCAGCAUUUGGAUCUUUCUCACAACAACUUCUACGGACCCAUCCCUGCUCGGAUCAACGACCUUUGGGGUCUCAAUUACCUCAAUUUGUCAAAUAACCAAUUCAAAGGUGGGUUCCCCAGUGGCCUCAACAACCUUCAGCAACUUAGGGUUCUUGAUUUGCACUCAAAUCAACUCUGGGCCCAAAUUGGGGACCUUCUCUCCACGUUACGGAAUGUGGAGUAUGUUGAUUUGAGUCUCAACCAGUUCUACGGUGGCCUUUCGCUCACCGUGGAAAACGUUUCGGGUUUGGCUAACACCGUUCAUUUUUUGAACUUGAGUCACAACAACUUGAACGGUCAUUUCUUUGAAAGUGACACCAUCGGGUUGUUUCGGAACUUGCAAGUUUUGGACUUGACUAACAACUCUUUCAGGGGUGAGCUUCCUUCUUUUGGCUCCUUGCCCAGCCUUCGGGUUCUGCGCCUUCGCCGUAAUUUCUUCUUUGGCUCCGUACCCGAUGAGCUUUUGCAGAAUUCUGUCUCUUUGGAGGAAUUGGAUCUUAGCUACAAUGGGUUUACUGGAUCAAUUGCCAUAAUCAACUCUACAACUUUAAAUAUUUUGAAUCUCUCGUCAAAUAGUUUAUCAGGCUCCUUGCCAGCUUCUUUGAAAAGAUGUACAGUCAUUGACUUGAGCAGGAACAUGUUUUCUGGUGACAUUUCUGUUAUACAGAACUGGGAAGCCACAUUGGAAGUUAUUGAUCUGAGUUCAAACAAGCUGUCCGGAUCCUUGCCUUCAAUUUUAGGCUCCUAUUCAAAAUUGUAUACUGUUGACUUGAGUUUAAAUGAACUUAAUGGAUCCAUUCCACGUAGUUUAAUUACUUCGUCAUCAGUGACAAGGCUAAAUCUUUCUGGAAAUCAGUUUACCGGGCCACUUCUGCUUCAAGGUUCAGGGGCAAGUGAAUUACUACUUAUGCCUCCUUAUCAGCCAAUGGAAUAUCUUGAUGUGUCUAAUAACUCCUUGGAAGGUGUCUUGCCUUCUGAUAUAAGUAGGAUGGGUGGGCUCAAGCUACUGAAUCUGGCAAGGAAUGGCUUUUCUGGACAGCUGCCAAAUGAAUUGAGCAAACUCAUUUAUUUGGAGUACCUUGAUUUGUCGAACAACAAAUUUACUGGAAAUAUUCCUGAUAAGCUUUCAUCCAGCUUAACUGUAUUUAAUGUGUCCAAUAAUGAUCUCUCUGGCCGUGUUCCUGAAAAUUUGAGGCAGUUCCCUCCUUCAUCCUUUCAACCUGGAAAUGAAGAGCUAAUAUUACCUACUAAUUCUCCUGAAACUUCUUCAGUGCCAGAUAAUAUUCCAGAUAAGGGUAGACAUCAUAGUUCAAAGGGUAAUAUCAGGAUAGCAAUUAUUCUUGCUUCAGUGGGUGCUGCUGUGAUGAUUGCUUUUGUUUUAUUGGCUUAUCAUCGAACCCAAUUAAAAGAAUUUCAUGGAAGAAGUGAUUUCACUGGUCAAAAUGCUAGAAGAGAUGUCAAGUUAGGAGGACUUACGAGGCCCUCUCUCUUCAAGUUCCAUACAAAUGUUCAACCCCCAACAACUUCGUUGAGCUUUUCAAAUGAUCACUUGUUGACUUCCAAUUCAAGGUCACUCUCUGGACAGUCAGAGUUUAUAACUGAAAUUUCUGAGCAUGGCGUACCUCAGGGAAUGGUAGCAACUAGUUCAGCAUCUGUAAAUCCUAAUUUGAUGGAUAACCCGCCCACCUCAUCUGGAAGGAAGUCUUCUCCUGGUUCUCCAUUGUCAUCCUCACCCCGUUUUAUAGAGGCUUGUGAAAAGCCAGUGAUGUUGGAUGUUUACUCACCAGAUCGGCUGGCUGGGGAACUGUUCUUCCUCUAUUCUUCAUUAGCAUUUACUGCAGAGGAAUUAUCUCGAGCUCCAGCUGAAGUUCUUGGCAGAAGUAGCCAUGGCACUUUAUAUAAAGCAACUCUGGACACUGGUCAUAUGUUGACUGUAAAAUGGUUACGGGUAGGGCUGGUCAAACAUAAAAAAGAAUUUGCUAGAGAAGUUAAAAGGAUUGGUUCUAUGAGGCAUCCAAACAUUGUCCCAUUGCUAGCAUACUAUUGGGGGCCUAGAGAACAAGAGAGGCUUCUUUUAGCUGACUAUAUACAUGGGGACAGCUUGGCUCUUCAUCUCUAUGGGGUGUUUUGACAUGAUAUGAGCUAUUUAUUAGUGAGUGUAAUAUCAAUGUAUCUGUUUGCACAGAGAGCACACCCCGGAGGCACUCUCCAUUAUCAUUCAGCCAGAGAUUAAGAGUUGCUGUUGAUGUUGCUCGAUGUCUUCUAUACCUUCACGAUCGAGGGCUUCCCCAUGGAAAUCUAAAGCCAACGAAUAUUUUGUUAGCCGGCCCUGAAUACAAUGCUCGCCUUACUGACUACGGUCUGCACCGGCUGAUGACACCAGCUGGAAUUGCUGAGCAGAUACUAAAUCUAGGAGCACUUGGAUACCGUGCUCCAGAACUUGCUACUGCAUCCAAACCAGUUCCAUCCUUUAAGGCCGACGUGUAUGCACUUGGUGUGAUCUUAAUGGAAUUAUUAACAAGAAAAAGUGCAGGCGACAUAAUAUCAGGGCAAUCAGGUGCUGUUGAUCUUACAGAUUGGGUUAGGCUGUGUGAGCGAGAAGGAAGGGUAAUGGACUGUAUUGACAGAGACAUUACAGGUGGAGAGGAGUCGUCCAAAGAGAUGGAUGAACUGCUUGCAAUAUCUCUCAGGUGUAUUCUUCCUGUAAAUGAGAGGCCUAACAUCAGACAAGUUUUUGACGAUCUCUGUUCAAUAUCGGUUUGAAAUUUUUGUACAUGCGUCUGGGAAUUAGUUUUUUAUUUUUGGUUCCUCGACCCAUUGUUAUUUUCUCAUUCUUUGUACCCAUCUUUUCUCCUCCUUAAUUGGUUUCUGGCCUUAUUUUGGGCCAAUCAUCAUAUUCUUUUCUUCUAUUAUUCUCCCUUUUUUAGAAAAAGAAAACAGUUUCUUGUAAAGCGACAAUCAUUGAUUAAUCGACAUGUUUGUGUUUUGAUU